AUGACACAGGACUGUAACUGUGGGCGUAAGACACAGGGCUGUGACUGUGGACAUAAGACACAGGACUGGAACUGUGGACAUACGACACAGGACUGGAACUGUGGACAUACGACACAGGACUAUGACUGUGGACAGAUGGCAAGGGACUGUAACUGUGGGAAUAAAACACAGGACUGUAACUGUGGACACACGACACAGGACUGUAAUUGUGGGAAUAAGACACAGGACUGUAACUGUCGACAUAAGACACAGGACUGUAACUGGGGACAUACGACACAGGACUGUAACUAUGGACAUAUCACACAUGACUGUGACUGUGGACAGAUGGACUGUAAUUGUGGACAUAGGACACAGGAAUGUAACUGUGGACAUAAGACAAAGGACUGUAACUGUGGACAUAAGGCACUGGACUGUAACGGUGGGAAUAAGACACAGGACUGUAAUUGUGGACAUAGGACACAGGAAUGUAACUGUGGACAUAAGACAAAGGACUGUAACUGUGGACAUAAGGCACUGGACUGUAACUGUGGACAUACGACCCAGGACUGUAACUGUGGACAUAAGGCACUGGACUGUAACGGUGGGAAUAAGACACAGGACUGUAACUGUGAACAUACGACACAGGACUGUAACUGUGCACAUAUGACACAUGAAUGUAAAUGUGGACAUACGACACAGGACUGUAACUGUGGACUUAAGACACAGGGCUGUAACUGUGGACAUAAGACACAUGGCUGUAAUUAUGGACAUACGACACAGGACUGUAAUUGUGGACAUAAGACACAGGACUGUCACUGGGGACAUAAGGCACUGGACUUAGGGACAGGAGUGAAAGUGUAA